CACCAUCCCAGCGCUGCGCCUCCCGCCGGGCCGGGGCCGUGUUACUCGCUCAGGCUCCGCUGUCUGCUUCCUCUGCAGCUGGGCGAGCCAUGGCUGUGUCUAGCCUGACGCAGGCCUUCGGGGCCCUGCUGCUGACCUCGGGCCCUCGUCUUUCCCAGGUAGCCUUGCAACCCAAGCAUCCCUGUCUUGGGGGGCAGCUCCUCUCUGCAUGCCAUGGGUUCAGCACCUGUGCUGUCCUCUCCACCAACAACCCCUUGUGGAAAUGCAGGAUCAAGUACACCACCAGGCCCAUUGGCAUGAAAAAGACCGGAGGCCGUGAUCACACAGGUCGUAUCCAGGUGCAUGGGAUUGGUGGGGGACACAAACAGCGCUACCGCAUGAUUGAUUUUAAACGGUUGCGCCCCGAGGAUGGGGCUGAGCCAGGCCCCUUUGCAGAGAAGGUGAUCGCUGUCCGGUAUGAUCCCUGCAGGUCAGCUGAUAUCGCCCUGGUGGCUGGGGGCAACCGUAAACGCUGGAUCAUUGCAACAGAGAACAUGCAGCCUGGUGACAUCAUCCAAAACUCAGGACACAUAGGCAGGAUGGCAGUCUCCGCCAAAGAGGGGGAUGCAUAUCCAUUAGGAGCUCUGCCUGUGGGGACCCUAAUCAGCUGUCUGGAGAGUCACCCUGAGAAGGGAGCACAGUACAUCCGAGCAGCAGGAACCUGUGGGGUGUUACUGAGGAAGGUGAAUGGAACUGCCAUUGUACAGCUGCCUUCCAAGAGACACAUGCAGGUGCUGGAGACCUGUAUCGCCACUGUGGGCCGAGUUUCCAACGUUGAUCACCACAAGCGGGUUAUUGGAAAAGCUGGCCGGAGCCGCUGGCUGGGGAGGCGUCCGCAUACUGGUCUUCGGCACCGAAAGGGUGGCUGGGCUGGACGCAAGAUCAAACCACUUCCACCCAUGAAGAGCUAUGCCAACCUUCCCACAGCAGCAGCACGUGAUUGAUGCUCAUGCCUCAGUUGACCCUUAAUAAAAACUGAUCUGUUGGCUAUUGCUAAUCCUA